UUAAACGUUGUUGUUUACUAUUAGAUUAGCAUGAUCGCUCAGAGCUAAAAUGAAAAGCAUUUUCAACCGUGUCGAUCUCAUUUUUGUAUACAUAGGACGACACUGCCGAACGUCUCUUUUCUAAGGCAAAAGGGUCUGGUUUGAGGGGAAUUGACUGUUAUUUCAUGCUGGUCGAGUGACCAAACUGAGGCUCUUUCGUUGAUACGUUAUUGUCAUUUUGCUUUACCAUGAAUUGGGAUACACUUGAAAGACUAAAUUCUUAUCAUCGGAAGGCUUUUUAUGAAUGUCUUGAAUUAUGUAAGGGACUAUUAAUUUAUAUCACCGUUGUACAUAAGGUGAGGGGGAAAUUCUCACCGACAUUACCUUAUUGUGUUAAGUUUGGUUAAUUUAAUUCUGAAUUGUAGUAUGAUAAACGUCACAAUGUGGAUAGCAUAGGAGUGACUUAUAUGUUACAUUGUUGGUGUUCUAUAUCUGCUUAAUUCUAUAUCUCCUUACAUCACAAACUACGCUACAUCGUAAAUUUAAAGAAGGGACAAUAUUACAAACAACACCGCCAACCUUGUAUUAUAAUUGGUUUAGCUAAAUUAAUUACAGCAUGUAAACAAAGUCCCGUGAUAUCUAAUAACAAAUUGAACCGGCGAUCUUUCGAUACAAGUCCGAAAUAGCAACAGACAUUUCUACAGCUUUUAAGAAUUCCUGGUUAAUUAAUAUGGAAGACGUUAAUCACUUGGAUUCUUCUAAUAACACGGUAAUUAACGAUGGAAGUCCAAUUACACCAACAUACAAUGGUGAGAAACCUUUAUAUAGCGAGACAUUUACCGAACAAAGAAAUAUUGCUGAAUAUCGUUGCGAUAUUUGUAGAAAAACAUUCUCAUCCGAAGAUGAAUUGUUCAAACACACAGAUUUACACAAAGCAGAGAAUACAUUUCACUGUGAUGUGUGUGGGAAACCUUUUGUCUCUGAAAGUAAUUUAGCAAGACACAAACGUAGACACACCGGAGAAAAAUCGUCUCAUUGUAAAAUUUGUGGGAAAUCUUUCUUUCAGAAUUCUAAUCUUGUUAUCCACGUACGUAGCCAUACAGGAGAAAAACCAUUUCACUGUGAAAUCUGCGGGAAGUCGUUUGUGGCUAAUACUAACUUAACAGCACACAGAUUAAUACACACCGGAGAAAAGCCUUAUCACUGUCAAGUGUGUGGUAAAUCUUUCAGUAAUAAUUCCAAUCUUAUUACCCACAUUCGUAGUCACACCGGAGAAAAGCCUUAUCACUGUCAAGUGUGUGGUAAAUCUUUCAGUAAUAAUUCGAAUCUUAUUGCCCACAUUCGUAGUCACACCGGAGAAAAGCCUUAUCAAUGUAAAACAUGUGGGAAAUUUUUUGUCUCUAACAGUGUCUUAACAAAACAUAAUAGAAUACAUACAGGAGAAAAGCCCUAUCGUUGCGAAACAUGUGGAAAAUCAUUUGUCAAAAACGAUGAUUUAAGUAGACACAAAUUGAUCCACACGGGAGUAAAACAGUUUCAUUGUGAAAUAUGUGGUAAAUCUUUCACUCAGAAUUCUAGUCUUGUUAUCCAUAUACGGAGGCACACUGGCGAACGACCCUAUCACUGUGAAAUAUGUGAGAAAUCGUUCGUCACUGGGGAUUAUUUAAACAGACACAAACGUAUACAUACCAAAAGAAAUUCUUCCAAUUGUGAAACGUGAGAAAUUCUCUUGCAACCGAAACUUACAGCUCCCUAUCUCCCAAGAAGUACACAGAAGAAUAUUUAUCUUGAUAUAAUAUGUCAAAGUUCAUUCUCCUUCAAUUCUCGCUUUGUAGUCUAUAAAUGUGUGCUUGCUUGAGAGAAAGCAUUUCGAUAAAAUAUUUAAGAUGUCCUCAUUAACUUGAAGUAUACAAAUGAACUGAAAAAGAGAGAAGAAGAAAAACAGAAAAAAGGAUUCUCACUGAAAUAUUUAGGAAUCAUUCACUGUAAACCACAACAACACUUAUAAUCUGCAAGUGGAAUGCGGAGGGAAAUAAUUUUCGCUGUGAAAUAUCUCGGAAAUAAUAUUUUGAAUCGUGGUAUUUUAUCCAGAAAUUCACCCUGGCGAAAGAUCUAAUCACUCAUUUGUCUUUGAAGUUUCUUAGAGACAUAUUCUCUUUAAUAACGGCUGAAAAAUGCAGAGGUAAAAGCUUAUAGAUGUGGGAAAUGUGUGUGGAAUUAUUUUCAUUCAAAAACUAUGUUGUUAAAACAUGAACUAAUAUUUAUUGGAAGAAACUAUUAUUGAGAUGAUUGUUUUGUAAACAUUUUCAAUAAGUGAAAAGAAAUUAUGAAAUGUAUGUAAAAAAUUUUGAGAAAAUAUAUAUUUUUUAAUUAAAAUAUUAUCUGAAUAGUUUAAAUUAUUUUUUACAAAAUUGACACAUUACCAAAACACUGGCACAAAAUAUUAUUCAAUAUCUUUAUGUGACACACAACACAAAAAAAUAAAAUACACUCCAUCUCUAGAUUUGUGUGUUAAGAAUUGAAUGUAUAUUACUUUGAAUAAUAAUAAUAAUAAUCCUUUGUAGUGAAGGCACAAGGCCUUGAAAUUUUUGUGGGUAGGGGACUAGUCGAUUACAUUGACCUCAGUAUUUCAUUGAUACUUAAUUCAUUGACCCCAAAGGAUGAAAGGCAAAGUCGACCUUGGCUGAAUCUGAACUCAGAACAUAGCAGCAGACGAAAUACCACAUUUCACCCGGCAUGCUAACGAUUCUGCCAGCUUAACAAUAAUAAUAGUAAUAACCUCUCUUCGGUCAAGAAACUACAUUUAGAAAAACGUAGAAAUAAACAAUUAUUAUCUUCAUCAUUUAACGUCUGUUUUCCAUGCUGGCAUGGGUUGGACAGUUUGACAGGAGCUGCAUCAAUCUCCACCAUCUGUUUUAGCAUGGUUUCUAUACUGCCACCAAACAUCACUACAACCAUCGUCAUCACCACCUUUGCCUACUACCAACACCACCACCACCACCACUACAAUAAUCAUUGCCACCACCUUCACCACUACAACUAUCCCCACCUCGAUUGUCAAACACGAUGAUUACUCUCACCGCCAAAUCCACCACCACCAAGAAGAAAAGGCGACGUUGGCGGGAGCGACAUUUACGAAAACUCAUUUGAAUUAGAUGGUAAGUAACCAUGGCGCUCCUUUUUGUCUUUUUACAUGUUUCAGUCAAUGGACCGCGGCCAUGCUGUAACAACGUCUCAAAGCGUUUUCAGUUUUGUUUUGACAACAACGUUGCUUUGUGGUUUUAUUAAUUAGAGAGGGUAAGUCACGUGAGGUGACAGCUUUCACUUCCGGAUUUUUGUGACAUUUCAUAAACGUUAAAUGAAAAUUAAAAGGUUAUUUCACAAUAAAUAUCGAUUUAUUUCAACCACAACAGAAUCUCAGAAGACAUUCCUGUAAAAGAAGUCUUUACACCAGAAACAUCAUCAAGGAACAUGCUCCAUGGAAAAGAGAUAAUCCUGGAUAUAUAAACCUGAAAUAAGUUUACUGAGAAAUGUUUUUUUCUGUAUGAGAUUAUCAGUAAUAAUUCUCUACUUUGCUAUCUGGAAUAUGUUUCCGAUGAAUUUGCAUUGUAAGUAAAUUCGGAUGACAGAGUGGUCAGUGGCAUCUUCGGAAAUUGACUAAGAUCAUUGUUGAUGCAAAUAUGGCAAUUUCUUAUGAAUGUAGUAUUGGAACAAAAUGAAGAAAAACAUCUGUGUGGUGAGGGAAGAGAAAAAAUUAUGGAAAAUGAAUUACGUGAGAAUAAAUUGAAAACGAUUGAUUUUUCUGUUGGUAUAAUGAAAAGGAAAACAUUUCACUGUGAUAUCUGCAAAAAGUCAUUCUCUCAAAAAGAUGAACAGACUAUUCACAAAUGUAUUCAUACGGGAGAGAAACCCCAUUGCUGUGAUAUCUGUGGUAAAUCAUUCUCUCAAAGUCAUCACUUAACUACUCACAAACGCAUUCAUACCGGAGAGAAGCCAUAUAACUGUGAUAUCUGUGGUAGAUCGUUUCCUCAAAACCAUCACUUGAUUAUUCAUAAACGCAUUCAUACAGGAGAGAAACCAUAUCACUGCGGAGUGUGUGGUAAAUCAUUUGCUCAGAAUCAUAUUUUAAUUAAUCACAAACGAAUACAUACUGGAGAGAAACCAUUUCACUGUGAUAUCUGUGGCAAAUUCUUCACUCAAAAUGACGGUUUAAUUAAACACAUACGCAUUCAUACAGGAGAAAAACCUUACCAUUGUGAUAUCUGUGGUAAAUCAUUCUCUCAAAGUGAUGUUUUAACUAAGCACAAACGUAUUCAUACAGGAGAGAAACCAUAUCACUGUGAUAUCUGCGGUAAAUCAUUCUCGCAAAAUCAUCAUUUAACCAAGCAUAAACCUACUCAUACAGGAGACAAGUCAUAUCAUUGUGAUAUCUGUGGGAAAUCGUUCUCUCAAAUAAAUAACUUAACUACUCACAAACGCAUUCAUACAGGAGAUAAACCAUACUGUUGUGAUAUCUGCGGUAAAUCAUUCUCUCAAAAUCACCACUUAACUGAACACAAAUAUAUCCAUACAGGAGAUAAGCCAUAUCACUGUGAUACCUGUGGUAAAUCUUUCUCUCAAAUAAAUAACUUAAACACUCACAGGCGCAUUCAUACAGGUGAGAAGCCCUAUCACUGUGAUUUCUGUGGUAAAUCAUUUUCUCAGAAUCAUAACUUGAUGACUCACAAACACAUUCACACUGGAGAGAAGCCUUAACAGUACAAUAUCUUUUAUGUCUUACUUGUUUGAAUGAUUGAACUGCAGUCAUACUGGGGCACUGCCUUGAAGGGUUUAAUCUAACAAAUCGAUUUCAUUACACGUAAAAGACACCCAGUACACUCGGUAGAGUGGUUGGCAUCAGGAAGAGCAUCCAGCUGUAGAAAUCAUGCUAGAACAGCUGACUGGAGUCUGGUGCAGCUCUCCAGCCUUGCCAGUCCCCGUCAAAAGUCUAACCCAUGCGAAGAUGGAAAUCCAAUAAUGUUACUUUAUUGGUCUCUUUUGUUAAACUGCUAGGUUACAGAUGCAUAAACAAACCAACACAGUUUAUCACGCAAUGGGGGAACAAGCACACACAUAUGCGUGAUGGCUUCCAUACAGUUUCUGUCAGCCAAAUUCACUCACACAACAUUGGUUAGCCCAGACUAUAAUGGAAGACACUAGCCCAUAGUGCUGCAUAUUUUCCAAGGUAACCACAUCACCUUAAAAAAAGACGGACUUCUGGUGAUUGUUAUCCAUUAUUCUGUUUUUCGUAAUCAUCAUCCUCAUCAUUUAAUGUCUGUUGUCCUUGCUGGCAUGGGUUGGAAGGUUUGACCAGGGCUGGCCAGCUGUACCAGACUCUAGUCCCUUCCUAACUCUUUUAUGUGUCACUGGCACAUUUACAUUUGAUGGAUAUUUGUCCUCAUCUCGUUUGUUGUUAACACAACAUUUCGGCUGAUAUACCCUCCAGCCUUCAUCGAAAAAUACCCUAGGAAUGAGAACCCAGGUUCGAAAAUUCCCCACGACACCUGAUGAAGGCUGGAGGGUAUAUCAGCCAAAACUUUGUGUUAACAACAAACAAGAUGAAGACAAAUAUCUGUCUAAUGUACAUAAUUCCUCAUCUCUUAAAUAUAGAACUGUUGUUUCUUCUUUUGUUCGUGAUUGUAUUUGCUUUGGUGUUCGAUUUGGAUUUUAUUGUGGAUUAUUUAUGUAAUUACGUAUACCUUUCGUGUUUGAGAAUAAAAGAAAUUGCUUUA